AUGGUAUCUAUGGGGUUGUGUUUGAUUUGAAAUCAUAAACAACCAAUCAAAAGUCUUCAAUUGCCUUUUUGGUUCAAAAAUUUUUGUGCAAUAUUUGACAGUUUUGCAGAUUUUCAACCAAUUUUGGUGCAGAACACAUCUACAACAACCUUAAAGGUAACCUGGAUAAAAUAUGCAACUAAGUCAGUCCAGCUGGUUAUGAAUGAUAGAAGAGGGAAAAGAGAAGUAGUGGACUUCUAAAUUGGAUCAUGUCUAAAUACAUUUUGGUCCUGCAAACAUCAGCUGAUAAUAACAUUUAACAAAGACCUCUGAGUGGCUGAUGCAGAGAUUACCACAGAAGAGGAAACAGGCUGAGGUCACAGCUGCACUGAACCUUUGUAGUGAGGCAAAGUGGAGUCAAAUGGUUGAUGCAGAGAUAAAGCUCUGCUGAAACAGAUAGGCAGUCACACUUUUGACCGCACUGCACACUUUCGUGCACUGUUGAGCACUUUGGACUCAUUUUGUUUGUAUAAGUUCUUGUUUGUUCACAUCAGGUGAUUAUUUUGAGCCCACAAACAGACAUCUUUUAUGUUUGGCACCUUCAGGCUUCUGUAACAGUGAGUUUUUUUUAUGUUUACGCCAUAUUUUUAUCAACAUUAAAAAUUUUUAUUACCUCUUCAUAUCUGAAAUGUGUCCCAAAAACUGUUCAACGUUCAUGUCAAAAAUAAGAAAAUCAAAACUUUUUCAUAUCAAUCGAUCAAUCUUUAUUUAUAUAGCACUUUCCAUACACGACCAUGAAGCAAAAAGUGCUUUACAGAGAAAAAGGAAUAAAAAAAAACAAAGAAUACCCAAAUCUACCCCAGCCCAACCCUUAGUUCCCACCCCACAAUCUAACCACAGCAAAAACAGUAUUUAAAUGCAUUAACUUAAAAAAAGCUUGAUUUCGAACAAAGUAACAUAGAAUAAAAUUUAAGAAAUAAUAAAUAAAAAAGUAAAAGAUGCUAAAAUAAGAGCUAAAAAUAGCUCAAUAAAAGACUGUCUUGUCAUUAAAACAAAAAGAGAUAAAUGCUAAAACACUUAAACAAAGGUAGUGAUAUAUAAUUUUGUUAAAAGCAAGACUAAAAAGGUACGUUUUGAAUUUUAGAUUAGGUGCAGUCCUCAAUUUUUUAAUUUCAUCCUACUUAAAGGGAGCUGUUGUUUGCCCUCCUUUCUUGGGUAAUUGUCGCCUCAUCACAGCUCCUCCCAGUAAGUUUCAUUUUGACUCCUCUUUCCAGCAUUUACACACUUUCUUUGGGCUUGAUUUCAUGGAAACAGCAUGAGCGCACUGAGGAAAUGCCAUUUUAAAACUCAAGAUAAGGAAACACUGAGGUUUAGAUUAAAAUCUAAGAAAAAGGUAACAUAGAAUAAAAUUUGAGAAAUAAUGAAUAAAAUAAAAGACUAAUCUGGAGGAGACUAUUCUCAAGAACGUGGAUCACUCACUUCACAACACCUUAAUGGACCAAAGGGUCAUCUCUCUUCACUGCAAGACAGACAGAUUCAGAUCUUUUGUAGAUUAGAUUAGAUUAGAUUUUCCUUUAUUCAUCCCUCAGUGGGGAAAAUUAAGUUGUUAACAGCAGCGGUAAACACAACAUACACAUUCAUACUGGGUACAAAAAACAAGAUAAAGAACUACGAUAAAAAAAAGUCAUUAAGAUUAGGUGCAGUCCUCAUUUUUUUAGUUUGUUCCUGCUUAACGGGAGGUGUUGUUUGCCCUACUUUCUUGGGUAAUUGCCGCCUCAUCACAGCUCCUUCCAGUAAGUUUCAUUUUGACUCCUCUUUCCAGCUUGUACACACUUUUUUGGUAACUCUCUCCGAGUUCCCAGGAGGAGGCGGGGCUGCCGCUGUGGGCGUGGUUUCCGUCCCUUUAACGUCGUUACGUCACCCAGCGGGGCUUUCCUCCAUGACGUCAGAAGGCAGCAGCAGCGGCAGCGGUUGAGGAGCGCGAGGCGGAGCGGCGGCGGCAGUUAGAGACAGAGAAGCGGAGCUGCGGAGGAGAUUAUACCGAGUUACAGUGCUGUGCUCCCGGGGCACAGGAAGACCAAAGGCCGCCUGUCAGUCACCCACCAGCGGCCUCAGAGAAGGAGGAGGACACGCUUUGUAACGGAGGACUGUUUCUACCGAGCGGCUUGACGGUAAAACCGCAGGGAAACACGCACAGGGAGGGAGCCGCAUCGCUUCCCAGCCUCUCCUGUCGAAGAAACCCGCUCCUAAACAGGGUAAGACAUGUAUGACUUACCGGUUAAAAAAACUGUUGAUUUAUAUAAAGGUUGUCCGCAUUUAUUGAACAAAUGGAGCGUCAGUUAGCCUCUAAAAUGCCUUAAAAUGACAGCUCUUCUGCUCUGAUUAUUCACAGUAUGACAGUCACAUUAUGCAUAUGCCAGUCAGGAGGGUCAACUCAAGCCAAAACCACCCAAAUAAUCACGACAGAGAGGGAAAUACCUCAAAAAUGUACAAGCUAAAGGAAGAUAUUUGAGUGUGAAGAUGUGAAUGUGGAGAUCAGGGCAGCUGCAGAUCUGGAAAUAAUCUUAAACUAUGGAAACAAAAUGUCUUCAGCUUCAGUACAGUCAUUGUCCAAGUCCUCCAGGAUGCCUGAGACUUCAAAUCCUUCCCCUCCAAACAUUCCUGUCCGCUCCGCCACUCCCUGCUCUCAGUGCAGGCUGAGGACAUGCUGUAUGUUCCUGUGAGGAGAUCCAAAUCACACAUGAUUAUAAAUGAACCAGAUCUGGACAAAAGAAAGAGAGGUGGCGUUACAAAGAGUCUGAGCCACACAAGGUCUGCUCGCAGGAUUAUAAUGAGGAUAUUUGGGAGAUUUAAUGUGUGUGUUUGGGGACACGUUUUAUGAUCAUACUUAUCCAGGAUGGAAAAGAUGAGGUGAACAUUUCCAGUGAUGCUUUGAGUGAAAAGAGAAGAGGCUUUUUCUUCAUAUUGGGCGACUGCUGAGAUAAACAUCAGCCAAGGUUUGCUGGAUGAACCUAAGCUGUUUUAAGCGUUUCACAAGGUUAUUAGGAGAUGUAAUCGGCUAAAUUCUGAUGUUUCGGAUAAGCGUAAAAUAAGCCGUUCAUUGUGUCAGUGUUAGCAGUCUCCCCUACUGUUGUCUGAGUCAGUCUGAAGUGUUGGAUUUGUUCAGAUUUGACAGACGGCUGGUGUGUUUGGUUUCCCAACAGUAGACACAAAUAAUCAUUCUCAUGUUUGUCCACAAUGAGGACGAGGCGGACUGAGAGUUUUGACCAUGUGUGAAUAAAAGCGAAUGUAUCAGUGAUAGUUCUCUAACCUCAGGGAGCGCAGACGUCCUCAGUGACUGCUGGAAUCUAACCUCAAAUGUCUCGGUGCAGCAGAAUCCAGAUAAAGAUAAAACUGAACCCAUGGGCCAAUCACCGGUAGUGGAUUUAGUUUGGACCAUAACCCAAAGAUACAUAUUUUCAGUCAAAGUAACCUUCAGUAGACUGUGAGGUACUGUAAAGAAGUCCAGUUUGGGUUUUAUCAUGGAAAUCCCCAGGUUUGAUCAGGCAGACCUGUUUGGUUUUACAUCUGUUGGAGAGAGUCUUUCCACCGCUGAUCAAACCCAGAUGUAAACAUGGUGCACCACUAACAACGCAGGCAGAAAGACUACUUAGACCAGGUGUGGUUUACUGAGUCUCUACUUAAGGUGACUUUGAAAACUCUGGACUUUUUAUCCACUCUUUGAAAUUUGCAGUUUUCGGCUAAGAUUAUAGAAAAUUAUAGAAGUUUAGCUCAAAACUACAAAUAAAGCUGACAAAUUUGGAUACUGCAGUUUCAUCUUAGGUUAGCCACAUCUUUUUAAAGUAUGACUUCUGUAUCUAAAACUGAGUUCCCUACUUUUGAGAGACAUCGGUAUCAAAUAGAUUGAAAACAAAAUAUAGAUGUUGUUGUUAUAGAUAUAGAUGUUUUACCUCAUUAUGUUCCUUUAGCAGUGAUUUCUGUUUAAAUGAUAACAGAUGGACAGAAAUCCUGAAGGCGGCCCUGUUUACAUAUAUUUAUAGUUCCUGUGAGGAGUUUAUUGACAUGUAUGGAAAAGACUUAAAUUUAUACUGAUGCCUCUUUAUUACAUACAAAAGCAAAAAAGAUCAUCAGCAUCAAGAUUAGUAAUUUUUGGGAAGGUGUUAAAUAGAAAAAUACUCAAGUUGAGCAUUUAUAUUGAUAUCAUUAAAGCUCCGGUCGGGAACUUUCAGUUUGUGUCAACUUUGACGCCCCCUGUGGACAAAACGGUCUUUGCUUCUGAAGUCAAAUUGAUCAUUUUCUGGGAAUCUUUAUAUGGAUAUUGUAAAAUCAGGACAGUUUGUUUAUCUGCUCAGCUGAAGUUUCAGGUUUUAAGAUGACAGUGUAAAAACUGUUUGUCUUGUCACUGACGGUCUUGUUUGCUUUUGCCUUUAAAUUUUGAGUCUAUUUCAUAAAUGUGAAAAACUUUGUCACAGGAGCUUCAGUAGUUCCAGUUAUUUUUGUUAAACUCCAUCUCAAUUGUUUGAUAUUUACGAUUUAUUUCCACCAGACGCUCCAAAGGAAGAGUUUUUAUUUGAACAGGCAGAUCUUGUGCUCUCUGAAAAUGUCCUGAACAUUUCCUCUUUUUGACCACUACCUCAUUCAGAGGAGGUCUGGGUCCCGUUACGUAGUUCAGGUUACAGACAAUAGCUGGGAAAUUACACGCUCAGUUGUCAUGUGUUGUGUGCGUCUGUGUCCGAGUAUUGUGCUGCUGUUUCCUCCCUGAAAUCUGAAUCCACUCAUCCAGUUUACUACUGUUACUGCUUCAUCCCUCAGUGUGUGUGUGUGUGUGUGUGUGUAUGUGUGUGUUAAAGUGGCGGUGUAAAGGGGCUCAGAGGUUUGCUCUUUGCGACUGUAACGCCUGCAGGCCCGGCAUUAAACAUUCAGCAACUCAGCAGUACGGCUCCCGAACGCUCCUCUAAUUAUAGAAGCUCCCCGCCUGGUUCUUCCUAACUCUACCUUCCAGUGCAGCGCUCUGGACUCUGGAUCUACGAUGUGUUGAUAAAAGACGGUGUGUGUGUGGGAGAGAUAGAAACGUGUUAAUGAGAGUCAGUGGGAAGGAGAGAAAAUCCUCAAACUCUCCAUUUCUGCACCAAUCUGCCUCCUACUGCCUUUUAUUCCCACCGUUCUGGAUUUUUGGAAAUCAGAAACUGAUUCUUUAUAGAUCAGUUAAUUUAGUUAGUUUGUAUAUAUUCUUUAUUUCUCUCCUAAUCCUCUCAAUCUACUAGACAGGACUGAAUCUGCCUCUUGUUUGGUUUUGGAUGAUCUUUAUAAAAAGGGAUAAGAGACAUGAUGAGGGCCCCGAAUCAAAACAAAAAGAGCAGAAAGACGAGAAGAAGUGGAGUGAGUGUUGAGUGUCGGACCGUCGCUGUGAUGAAAGCUGUCAUCGCUCCAUUAAAUCCUUUGUUGACAUGAAAAUAUUUGGAGUAAAGCAGCUGUAAUUAAUUCAUCUUCAUAAGUGUAGCGCUUAAAGGCUUAUAUUUUAGUAUCAUGUCAACCAAUGUCACUGUUUAGCCCGGCGGUUAUUCGCUCGUUCGUCUCGUUUUCGCUAAAGACGCUCUUUGUUAAUGCGUCACUCCGUCCUUUGGCUUUUCAGUCGAACCUCCAGCUCAUCUCCUUGCCAAGUCUUGCUCUUUACACCGAUUUAGAAAUGCGGCUCGUCCACGCAAAGGGAUAUCAUGAUGACCUUUUUUAUCGAACAGUUAUUAUUUUUAAAAGAGAGCUUGUUUGUUGUAGAUAAUCCUGUAAAUUUGAUUUGAGUCGAUGACUGUCUGAAUGAAUCCAUCUGAAAUAAAACAGAACCAUUUACAUGUUGUUAUGGAAAGUGGCUGACUACUUAGUCCAUUUCCACUGAAAAAGGGUGUGCAUAUAUUAGCAGGAACACACACACACACAUACACACACACACACACACACACACACACACACACACACACCCUUUACAUAUUUUUCUCUAUUCAAAUUGGCGUCCGAUAUGACAGCGUUUUAAGAAGCACACAUCUCGGGGUGAGGCUCGUUUUGCCAGAUGUUUGGCUGGUUUUCUAGAGGAGAGGGUAAUGCUCUCAUACAGUACACACACACACACAGACACACACACACACACACACACACACACACACAGUGUUCACAUUGUGUGAGCUGAUUUCCAAGGAAGCGCCGGCCCUCAUGUCUGGUUAUCAGGAUGUUUUUUUCCACUGAAGGAAGAGCUGCUUCCAUUACCGCCAAUUUAACUCUUCAACACACACCCUCACGUGAACACGCCAAAAAAAAACCAAUCACUCUGCUUACAAAAUAAUACGCUUUGUUCUUGGUGGACCUGAUGGAAAAUCAACAAUAGUCCAUGACUGUCAGGCUGUUUUCUUAGUUUUAUGAGCGAUAAGAUUCACAGGGAGGGGUUGGUUUUCUGAAGAAUAGCUGACUAGUCAUCACACUGCUGUAUAAACACAGUAUGAACUUAAACACCAAAUUCAAAGUAAUCAAUAAAGCCAGAUCCAGCUUUUAGGACUCUCUUUUGGCUGAUUGAGUCUCUAAAUUCAGUCCUUCUGAAAUUAAACUUUUAUUGGAUUAAAAAACAUCAGAGGUCUUCACAGUUUUCUUUAUCCCUGGCGUCGGUGGACCCGGAGAAGGUCUCAACUGUUGCUGUAAAGGCAUCUGUGUAUAAUUGCGCCUUCCUGGAGGUCAGGGUUUUUUUUCUAAAUCACUCAUGGAUGUAGAUGUUGUGGAUUUUUGGUGAAAGCAGGCGUGUGGAGGAGGCUGCAGUGAGGCCAUAGUAUCAACGCUGAGGUGUGCACUUGCUUCUCUCCGCUCUGAUUUGUCAAUAUAACCUCGUUAAUCAGCGGUGAUACCUAAUCUGUGUGACUCAGCCGCUCCCUCUGUUCUCUGGAAGCUGCCUUGACUUCUGUGUGUGUGUGUGUGUGUGUGUGUGUGUGUGUGUGUAUUUGUGUGUGUGGACUAAAUGUUCCCACAAAGAUGCAGAAAUCCUCUAAAGUGAGGCUGUUUAGCUUGACCUUGCUGCUUUCAGAGGAACUCUCAGGCUCUAAUAAUGAGGAUGUGCAGUCUGUGCCGCUGAUCUAUAAGGUCCAUAAAAUCCCGCUAAAGCCCGGACGCUGCCUAACAACAGAAAAAGGCGGCUUCACUGUUGUUAGGUUAAGUGCAGCUGAAACAAUAUAAUAACUCUGCUCACUUGGUUUUAUUAGCUACACCGGCGCUCAGAUGUGGGCCCCGCUUUAGAGACCGUAUCCAACCAUUUUAAACCUUUUAUUUUAAAGAGUUAAUAUAACCUCCAUGUCAACUUUGUGUCAUAUUAACCCUGAAAACCCUUUAACGCUGUAGGUUAACUUUAAACACAAACUGAGCGGCUGCUAAAACCUUGUGUGUUUUCUUCAAUUUGUUGGAUGUCUCUUUAAUUAGCCUUAUGUUUCAUAUUCCUCGCUGCUUUGUUCCUCCCUGUUGUUUACCGAUUCAUAAAAGCGGCAUUUUGGCCACAGUGUCAACAGACAGAGGUGAAAAAAACAGGCCGCUUUUUCUCAGAUUGAGUUGAUUUGACUUGUUUGAGCUCGUUGUUUCUGGCCGUACUGAGCUGUUGAGCAAUAGGACGCUGUGACGAGGUUUUGACCAAUCAGAAACAGGUAUUAAAAUGUGUAUUUUUUAACUAUUUAGCAGCUCCUUUCUUCUUUAAUCCACUUUUAUAAUCACAUGUUACAAAAGCUUGAUCUCAAACCGAAAAAAGUAAACAAAGCUGUUUCUCCUCAGCAGGUGAUUCGGCGAGCAUGUCCUUCGUCACUCCUGCUCUUAUUAGCCGAUACUCUCUAAUUAGCUUUCCUCACACACACACACACACACACACGACACAUGAUGCAGUAUUGGCUGUUGGUUUAGAGGUAGACCACCUGCUCUGUCAGAGACUGUGAGCCCCCCCCAGAUCUCAGAUUAACAGGGUUUUAGUCAGUCCCACUCUGAUCUGUCUGUUCAUGUUAAAAACAACGUCAUCAUCAUCAUCAUCAUCAGUCUGUUUAGGCUUCGGGGUUUUAGCUGAUGCUCUUAUCAUGUGUGAUGAAAUACUGCUGGACACACUACACCAACAGUCCAACAGAAAUGGUCAUUUAUGUUAAAUUUUUACCAAUUUUAUUUAUUUUUUUAAAACUCCAGUGAAGUGACACGAGAGUUAACAAGCAUCUUAAACUAAAACAGGCUGUUAACUGUUUUUUGGAGGCAUGUUUUCUCGAUUAUGUAAUAGUUUAAUGUUGAAUCUGUUCUCACAUUAUUAACACACGUCGUUACAGCCAAGUGUUUGUUUACACUCUGUACGGGUGGAGCUCCGCGCUCGUAGGAGGGACAGUUUAGAUUUUUUCCAGAUAAUGUUCUUCAAAGAUUUCCAGCUGGUUCGUCACCUCUUGAUUGUCUAAAGUAAAUCAGAGCGUGACGUGUGAUGCUCCGAGCCAGAGUGGACUAACAGUUUUCCUGGGAAUCAGCAGAGAAAAUAAACAGCUGAGAGGUUCUGAGGAAACACAGACACACACACACACACACACGCCUCAGGACAUCGAAUGAUAAUGUGUUUGGCAGGAAAACAGAUGAAGAGGAAACAUGUUUUAUUAAAAUGAUGUGAAUGAAGGUUUUAAUGUGUCAUCAGGAGAUUAACGAUAAAGCACCGCACCUUAAUCUCAGCCUUCAUACUAAUCAAUGAAUAUCCAAUAAUUAGUUAUAAUGUUAUUUUUCUAAGCUUUUUCGGAAAGGUUUUCAAGUAUCAGCGUAUGAUCAGUUCACAUUUUAGGGUAUUUAUUUACUGAAUUAGCCUGAAGUGGAAAAAGGUCGUAAAUUAGCUCCACAUGAUGUCAACUAAGUAACGGCAUAAGGAGGUAAAAACAAGUUUAUGUGAGGGUUUUGUAUUGAUUUUUACAUUUGAUAUGGACAAAUUCUAGAUUUCAGAUGAAAGUCGUUUUUUGCUACUGAUGCUUUGUAUGUGUGAUUAUUUCUCCUUGAUAGAUUUGCUCACAUGAAAGGUAAAAAAAACCAAACCAAACCUCAAAAUCAACUUGUUUUCUCAUCUUUGUUAUGAGUAAUAACAUCAGGGUCUGUUUGAAAACUUUCACUUUAAAGCUGCUGUGAGGAACGUCUGGUUUGUGUUCAUUUUGGCGCCCCCUGUGGACAAAAAUAUACAUACUGAUUCUUUACUGAUUUUAACCCGUCAAGACUAUUUUCGUAUGUUGUUUUAAAACCAAGAGAGGGUUUGAGACCAACAUAUGAAAUCAGAUAACUACAUUUCUGUCAGAUGUUAACGUGGCCCUGAGGAGCAAAACACAACAGUAAACCAGGAAACACAACAGCGUUUAACCAUUGCAUUUUCAAAGAGAAAAUGUUGUGUUUUGCACCUCAGGGCCACCAUAGGUAUCCCUUAUUUGUUGUCUGUUAGACUGAAAUCGUGCAAAAAAUGUGUUGAAACUGUUUUUUGUUUACCUCCCAGUAAAAACACACUGCAGUCUGACCGUAGCCCUUUAAUGCCUGAAACCACAAAUUAUGGCCAGAAAAUUAAAUUUUUUUAGAGCUGAAAUGUUUAUUCUACUUGCUACUAAAAACCCCAAAAAUUAAAAUGUCCUUAAAAUUUAACAAAUAUAUUUAUUUAUCUCGUUUGAUAGAUUAGAUGUUUUUUAAAAACUGAUCAACUACAAGAGGACAUUCUCAUCAUUUAUCGGACUGUAUUCAGGUGUUUUUUAGUAAUUUGUUGAUCAUAUUGAAGUAUAUAAAAGUAUCAAAUAUGAUACUAAAGGCAUUAAAGGGUUAAAAAAAUACCUGCUUUGACCUAAUUCAGCUGCAAUCGUGAACACUCACAGUAUAAUAACAGGUGAACACGCUGCCAAUCGAUCAGUCGGUUCAAGUUUAAUAAAGAGUCGAAUCAUUAAGUUAUUUUUGGACCUUUUACAAAAGAAGCAGGUCUAACGGGUCCUUGUUUUGUAAUCACCACCAUGAAACAAAGUGGAGAAAACCUGAGACAGAACCAGACUUACUGUCUGAUAGUGAUAACCAUCUGAUUACUGAGAGAGAAGGAGAGAGGGAUCACAUUAAAUCCACUGAAAUAAUGCAAGAACAUCCAUGUAGAUAUUGUGAAAAAGCACAAAGCUGAAUUUCAUCUGAUUCAGAGAGAGAGGCAAAGAUCUCGUCUUAUUUUCACUGAAACCAAAUCAGAAACAAGUCUGAACCUCUGAGUUCUCGUAAACUCUGUGCUGACGUUAGUCGUGAAUCAGCGAGUGUAGCACACCUGUGAUGAUGACGGGAACCUUAAAGCCUCUGGUUCUUUACAUGCACAGUCAUUAAAAUGUGCAGCUUUUUGAAUAUUGAAUCCAAAUCACACCUCAGAUAAUGAAAUACAACACAAUAAAUAUUACCGUGUUAUAACAAUAAACACAGACUCCUUACAGUCAAAUACCUCUGCAGGCCUGAUGAAGUUUAUCGGUUUCUUUGAAUACAAAGAAAUUUCGUCAUUUGGUUUGCAAAGUUUCAGCUGUGAAAUAACUGGAACUGAAAAAUACAUCUGCCUCCAAAGCAAAUAGUCGUGUAAUGCGAUCUGAAAAACGAGUGACUAACUUCACUCGUGGGAACGUGACGCUUUAUUCACGUUCGUUUCCAGGAACACGUCUUUCUUCUGAGAACUAGUUUGAGGACCGGUGAUACAGAACAAGAUAAUCUGAGCAUCAUGUGUCGCUCAAGAUAACACAAUGUCGUCUUUGGUCAACUAUUUACUCUUCUUCGUUUCGGUGAGUUGUUGCGUAAUGUUUAUCGACACGCACAGAUAUCAUGAACAUCAGGUACUUUUUUCUCUGAACUUUCGGGCAGGCCGACCUCAAAACAAAAACCUCCACAUUCUCGAUCUUCACUCAGGUACAUGAACACAACUUUGAGAUACAGAUUAACACCUUAUAUUUCACCUCCUCUACAAUCUGCAGGCAACACAGUGAAAAGAAAUGCAGCUGACAUAUUUAUGAGGAUGUUUAAUAUUCAGAAUUAGACUUUAUUUUUUCUGCAGGGGAAGAUUUACAAGCUAGCCAGGAGUUUAUAGAGUGAUGGCGUCAGCUCUCGAAACAAUAAAUUGAUGUUAAAUUCAUGAAUUGCAAAACACAAACAGUGUAGAGUUUCUGCUGUUUGUUUUUGCAGCUUUUGUUGAAGUAAAAGAUUUAAGAGUUUCUCCUAGAGCUUCGUGUUUUUCUGAAGUUUUGAUAAAAAAAAAGAGAGAGAGAGAGGAAGAUAAUGUAGAGCACGAGAGCAGGCUGUGCAGAAGAGAAAACAAUAAGAGUAACUGAAACAACAAGUGAAAAUAGGAGAAGAAAUAAAGGUGUCGUCAGUGCAGUGUGUGUGUGUGUGUGUGUGUGUGUGUGUGUGUGUGUGUGUGUGUGUGUGUGUGUGUGUGUGUGUGUGUGAUAGCUGAAUUGAGCAGCAGUGGAGUAGGAGGACGAGUGUGGAACAAAGUGUGUGUGAGCAUGUCGAUAACAAAUCGGGUCCAGAUUGUGAAGUUCUCAGGCUGCUCGGACCGAUCUGCCAAAUGACAACACACACACACACACACACACACACACACACACACACACACACACACACACACACACAGAGCAUAAGCAUGAUUAUUUAAUCAUUGGUUCACAUUUUGGGAACAUGUGAAAGUCUUUACAGAACAAAUCAAAUCUCCUGUUAUCUAACUGCAGCGCUGAUAUAACCUCCACUGCAGACAUGGAUUUUUAUUUAUCGGAUGAAGCUGUCACUAGAUCAUUGCACUUGCACGGUAAUUCAAUAAUAAUGGUUAUAUUAUAUUAGUGUGGUAGUGAUGCAAUGAAGAUGCUUUAUCAACCUCUUAAAACAAUAAUUAGGAAACACUCAACCGGGGCGGUAUAAUAAUUCUACUUUGAAAUGUGGUCACAAUUAAUGAUCACUUAUUAUGAAAGAGACAUGAUUGACUGUGAUGUUUGACCCUUGACUGCAGAAACUCGACAUACAGUUUGUGUCGUCAGUGAUUGAAAUAUGUGUUACUGCUACUUGCAUCAGUUGACAUGCAAUCUUUAUACUCACCAGCAAUUUAUCUCCUAAAGGAAUAAUUAUGUGUUAAAAUAUGUUGUUUUCAAUAGGGAUGUCCUGAUACAACUUUUAGACUUCCGAUACUAUACCAGUGUUGUAGCCUUCGAUAUUGACUGAUACCCAUAUUGAUCUGAUAUCGGCACAAACUUGUGCAUCACAAGUUUUUCACUCAGCUGCAACGUCUUUAACAAAAAAUACCGCCACAAGGCUGACAUCACUCCUACUGUUCUCUACUUUGUUAGUACCUUAGUACACACUGUUGUCAUGGUUACCUGGGCUCAGCUUGCUGGAUCAGGGCGCAGCUAGAUAGAGGUGCCGGAGCGGAGUCUGGAAUGGACUGCUUGUAUCAGAGUGCUGAUAUGGGUGAUUUUAGAUGCAGGUCAAUAUAAUCCGAUAUUUUGUUUUUUUCCUGAUAUCGGACCGGUAUCCGAUAUCAGGAUAUCAAUAUCGUAUCGGGACACCCCUAGUCUUCAAUUCCAUUAUAGCGACAGGUAAUCUGCAUGUUAAUGAAGCUCGCUGUUUUGGAUUUCAUUCAUCAUGAAAGUGUAGAAAAGCACCUGCAGCAAAGCAAGCUGGGGGUCUAUAAAGAUUGAGUGUGUGUUAGUAAAGCAGAGGGACAAAGUGAGCAUUGCUGUGUGAGCGUUAUAAACAUCCACACAUGUGACGCCAUGUUGACUCUCUUGUUGCAGCAGUUUCUACAAGGGCUGGGCGAUAUGGCCUCAAAUCAAUCACAAUCACAACAUAUUGAUCAGCUCACCUCAGUAACGAUAAAUGGACGAUAACUACUCCACUAGCUGCUCACCCCCUCCCACAUUAACUUUGUCUACUUCAGCCGCUACAACUUUUGAACCGUCCUCCAUCUCCUCACCUGUCUUUCCCUCUUUGUUACAGACUGGAUGGGGUGGAGUCACGUCUCUGAUGUAGGACAGCGUCUUAAAGGGACAUGAGACCAUAGCCUACCUACACACAUCCAAAACCAACUUUUAUAUAACUUUUAUUUAUUUUUUUGACACCGAAUAUAUAUUGACAUGGGUGAAACGGUUAUUGUCAUAAAUUUCAGUAUCAGUAAAUUUUCGGUUUAUUGCCCAGCCCUAGUUUCUACCUCCUUGAAGUAAAUAAGAGAGACUUUUAUUUUGAUGGAUAAAUACAGAUUUUGCGCUUCAGUUUCAGCUCUGGCACUGCGCUGUAAUCCACGGGUGUGUGUAUAUUUUGAUAAAAUGCACCACAAAGCAUCAGAGAGCCGGGAUACCACUGGCCAUGCGGUUUAUACGCUGUCUUUUCAUCUCAUGUCUGCAGUUUUAAAGGCUGCCUAAUCCUCUGUGAAUUUCCCCCUGAGAUUCCUUUAAAAACUAAUCAACCUGUUACAGCUGAUCAGAAGUGAGUCUCCAAUUAGAAAUAUGAGAAACAGGCGUAAAGAGAUCUGACAGGAGAGACAGAAAUCCUCUCCUCUCUGAUCUCUUUUUUUCGUUUGAUGAAACCUCCUCAAAAAGAGGGAAAUCUUUUUAUCAUGACUCCUCUGCGCUCGACAAAAACAAACAAUAGCAGGUCCUCGGAGAGCUGCACGUCAGUGUGUGUGUGUGUGUGUAAGUGUGUGAGUGUUAAAGGUGUUUGUUCUCCAGGCUGUUUGUUCAGGUAACUUGUUAUUAUGAGGCAACAUCACAGAAUUAACAAGCUUUUUAGUUUAGUACCAGUUUGAUUCCAGUACAUAGAGCACGAUGACUGGGCCCAACAGGAGUCCUGUGGUGUGGAAGGAUAAAAGAGCACACACACACACACACACACACACACACACACACACACACACACACACACACACACACACACACACGGACACACAUGCACAAGUCUGGUGUUGAAGUUUGUUAAAAUACUGCUGAAAUCAAACAUCUCGUUUCGGCUUUCAUAAACACACAGAAGCUGCCAUCUGUGACUGUGCAAAACCAGUGUGUGUGUGUGUGUGUGUGUGUGUGUGUGUGAGAUGCUCAGGGUGCAGCAGAGGAGAGGGUUAUUACACACUCAGCCUGUAGGAGGGUAUAUUUAGGAACCGUAGGCUUUUAAUACACUUACACACAUUUCAGUGGAGACCCGGUUUGACCCUGAGAGGAUGGAAAAGUGAUGGCUGCCAUGGUAACCGUUGGAUGGACGUAUGAGUAGGCACAUAAAGGUUUCACCAUUUCCUGUGCCCAGCAGUGGAACUCCUCCUCUUUUAUUGAUUUUUCUGGAGAAUUAUUCCUCUGUGGACGUUUGAAUGUAGGUUAUCAAUAUCACACAUCUCUUUGAGCGCCGAAGAAACGAAAACAAGACGGCAAAGUUCUCCUUUUCGCUCUUCUUGAGGUACAAACCCACUGAGUGUACGCUGAAAGUGUCACCCCUGGGAACCUAAUAUAUAGGGUUGUGUAUCGUUUGAUUCCGUUUCUGGUUCCGAUUCAUCGUUUCGAUUCCAGUUUCUAUCGAUUCUCUGUUCUGAUUCUUUAAAAAGGCAGGAUUUAAAAAAAAAAAGCAUGGUUUAAAUGAGGGCGCUAACCGGAGUUCUACUUUUUAGAUGAAACUUCUGAACUUCUCCAUGAAUUUUUAAAUUAAAUUAACUUUUUAAGAACUAUGAAUUUCUCACAUUUUCAACCAGAUUAUAAAUUUGUUUGCCGCUUCGAAGUUAGCAGAAGACAGAGGUCAUUUAUUGUUUCACUUUUCUGAUUCUGGCUGGUUAGCAGGAGACCGGCGAAGUGCGUCAAAGACGGGCACUCGGGUAUUUCUCCUCGUAUACCCGAGUGAGAAAAGUGUAUUUUAGACAUGACAGGAUUUUUUAAUCACCUCAGAAGCUUAGUCGUCAUGUUUUUGACCCACCCUGAAGCAUCUUUUUCACUCUGCUGAAUAAAAACUCACAAAAACAUCAAAUCCAUUUAAACUCCACACUUUACAUCCAGCGUAAUCACACAGGAGAGCUCUCCACACGCUCCGUAACACGGCUCACACGGCCUGUAAUCGUGGUGGGAACACAGGAUGUAAUUAUCAGGCACAUGUGCGAGUGUGUAAGUAUCACUUUCAGCCCGUGUGUGUGUGUGAGCUUAUACUGUCUGAGGUGUGUGUGUGACUGUGUGUGUGUGUGUGGCUGAUGAUUUCAGCUUGUUAACAACUUUGAACGUGUCUCUAAAUGAGCCCAUGUGCUAGUAUGUGUGUGUCUACUUCCCAAUGUAUUAUUCACAAUAGACAAUAUGAGUGGAUGUACAAGUGUGUUGUUAUGAGUGUGUGUGUGUGUGUGUGUGUGUGUAUGUGUGUGUGUGUGUGUGUGUGUGUGUGUGUGUGUGUGUGUGUGUGAGAGAGACAGAGGGUGAGUUUCAAACAUGUGUUAAUAUGUUCUGUGAGUGGUUUUUGUGUAUUCCUCGUUCUGAAUGUGAAUCAGUGUGUGUUCAUCGACCACUGAAUGGCUUAAUGUGCAUGUGUGUGUGAGUGUAGUUGUGCAGACAUUAUCACCUUGUUCGGAUACAUACAGCGUGUGUGUGUGUGUGUGUGUGUGUGUGUGUGUGUGUGUGUGUGUGUGUGUGUGUGUGUGUGUGUGUGUGUGUGUGUGUGCAUACAUGGGAAGUGUAAAUGUGUUUGGACAGCUGGUUUCCGUGUGUGUUGUGUGUCGACAGGUUUGAACAUGUUUGAUUGUGGGUAAAUGUGUAAUUUCAUUUUGUGUGUACUUAUAUGUGUUUGUGAGUCUUUCGGGCAUUUGGAUGUGUUUAAUUUUUAUUUUAUUUUAUUUUAUCCCUUCACUUUCAUGUGGACUCAAAACCUUGUAUAACAUAUAAUAAACAAUAAGGGGCACAGAUGGUCUAGUCGUCUAAGCGCCCCAUGUUUGGAGGCUGUGGUCCUCAUUGUGGCUUUAACUGGUUCGAUUCCCGGCCAAGACCUUCGCUGCAUGACUUUCACAGCGAUAAAAAGGCUGUAAGGAGGUAAAAAUAAUAAAUAAAUGAAGAAAAAAGUGAAUAAAUACAUAAAUAAUUAGAUAAAUAAAUAAUGUUAACAAUUAUAAUUGAAUAGAUUAUAAUAAAAACGGUUAAAUAAAAAUGUUGAAACAAAUUAAAAAUAUAUAAUAAUAAUAAAAAUAUCAGAAGAAACCAUGAGGAAUGAUCUAUAACAAUUCAAUUAAAAUUAUAAAGAAAAAUCAGAACAACUUUAAUCGUAAUAAAAAAAUUAACAAUAAUAAAAUAAAUAAAUAUAAAAAUUGUAAGAAAUGAACAAAAACAUCCAUGAAGAGAAAAAAAAAGAUAAAAGAAUUUAUUAAAUAAAUUGACAAUAAUUAAAAUUGUAAAAACAUGAAUAACGAAAGAAUAUUUUCAAUUAUAAUGAGAUAAUAAAUUAUUAUCAAAAGAAUAAUAUUUGUGUGAGUAAAGUGUGUAUUUUCAUCCAUUGACAAACACGUAAAAGGAGGCAUUUGUGUGUGUGUUCGACUUAAACUGUGUAUUUACCCAGAGAUGGUGUCUGUUUGUGUGUUUGUGUUUAUAAAACAGUUGUGUGUUUAUGUUUUGUAACCUGUAUGUGUUAUAUUACAAGUUUGAAUGUGUUCCUGCAGGAGUGUGUGCCUUUUUUGAGUGUGCAUUUGUGUAUUUAUGUGUACUUUUUUAUUCUAAGGGGAAAAUUUGCAUCUGUUUACACUUUUGUGUAGUUUUGCGUUAUAAUGACCUGUAUUAUUGUGUAUCACUUACCUGCGUGUUGUAACCGUGUUUAUGCUUAUGGGUGUUUGUGUGUAUAUAAGCGCCAGAGUCACAGAGUGGGUCGCUGUUUGCCUCACUCAUAGUGAGCGUCGCCAUGGCAACGGCACUAGCAGCGCAGUGUGAAGUGGAGGAAGAGCUUGCAGUGCUCAGCGUGAUGAAAAAAAAAAAAAGGGGGAGAGAGAGAGAGGCUGGUUUCACAUGAACACACACACACACAGUAGAUGCUUAAAUCAUGUUGUUGUGUUUUUAACCUGUCAUUAGGGUCACUAAAUACACACAUAGUGUAACAUUUUCCUGCGUGUGUGGGUCUGUCUGUGUAUUUAAGUGUAAUCAGCAACAGACAGAUCAUCAGGGCAGGGUCAGAAGAGUUAAUGAUCGAACUGAAACUCAGGAAGAGCAAAAGAGAGAGAGAGAGAGAGCGCAGAGAGAGGGGGAGAGAGGUGUGUGUCAUACUGAGCAUGCUCUUUGUGCUGACUUCCUGCUCUCUUCUUCCUGACAGAAAAGAGCGUUCAGAGAGACCGGUGUUCAACAAGGAGGAGAGGAAGACGAGCAGAGGAGACGCUCUGAAUGCAGCUGA